AUGUAUUUUCAUAUAUUAAUAUUUCAAAUUCGGGUAACAUCAGAAAAUACUAAGGCUUCUGAGUCAGUAAUUGAACCCAAAACUAGUAAGCCAUCUGAGCCCAUUAAAUCUAAUCAGCGUGAAGAGUGCCUCAGAAAAUGGGCCACCAAUAAUAGUGAAGACCUAGACGUAUUUGUAACUAUCACAGAAAAAGAUGUUAGAUUAUCGCAGAAAUAUUGA